AUGGGCUCAGCAGGAGAAGUCCCAGAAGUCGCCCAAAAGGGUGUAGAACAAGAUGAUCUGAUCAUGCCGCUGAUUGACUUCGGGGCCUUCAUGCACGGUUCUGCAGCCACCAAGAAGGCCACCGCCGAGCAAAUCUCCCACGCCUUCAAGACCUCGGGCUUCCUGUACCUGCAGAACCACGGCGUGCCCGAGGACCAGGUCUCGCGGGCCUUCUCGGAGUCGGCCGAGUUCUUCAAGCGGCCCCAGGAGCAGAAGGACGCCCUGAGAUGGACCACUCCGGACAGCAAUCGCGGCUACGUGACCUGGGGCCGCGAAAAGGUCACGCAAUCGGACGAUCCCGCAGAAAUCGCCAAACUGCGGGCCUCCAAUCCCGACCUGAAGGAGUCCAUGGAGAUCGGUCGUGAGGGCGUGGACGGGAAACCCAACCAGUGGCCGGCACACCUGGACGAAGCUGGCGCGACCUUCACCAGGGACAUGCAGCGCUUCUUCCUCACCCUGAAGGACCUGCACGUCAACGUCAUGCGCGCCAUAGCCCUGGGCAUGGGCAUGGAGGACGAGCACUUCUUCGACGGCUACACGGAUGCCGGGGACAACACCCUCCGACUGCUGCACUACCCGCCCGUGAAGAAGAGUCUUUGGCGCGCCAACCCGAACCAAGUCCGCGCGGGCGAACACUCGGACUACGGCUCCAUCACGCUGCUGUUCCAGGACGACAUUGGUGGCCUGGAGGUGAAAUCUCCCAAGGGCACUUGGGUGCGAGCCAAACCCAUCCCGGGGACCAUCGUAGUUAAUGCGGGCGACCUGCUUCAGCGCUGGAGCAACGACCAGAUCAAGUCGACGAAUCACCGCGUGAUUCAACCCCCGCCAAAGGACGAGGAUCUGGCGGACGAAGAUCCCGACGCCACGGUCCCCGCUCGUUAUAGCAUUGCCUAUUUCUGCAAUCCCAACUUUGACCGUCGGAUCGAAGCCUUACCGGGCACCUGGGAGGAGAGUGGGAAGAAGUACAAGGGGAUUAACAGCGGGGAUUAUCUGGUCAUGAGGCUGGCUGCGACUUAUUAG